AUGUAUAUUGUCGGAGUCUUAUGGCUCCUUGCUUGUGUCGCCGCAUUGCCAUCAACAGAGCGGCCCAAGAAACCAGAUAUAGUACCCACAAAGGAUAAAAUCUCUGACCAAUUUCACGUUAAAUCAGCAAGUGGUGAAGACAAGAACGAUAACGAUAGAGUAUCACCUGUGCCUCCCUUAAUUUCACCCCUGCCAGAAUCUCUAAAUAAAGAAACUGACAUAAAUAACCCGGAAGAGCAAGAGAUAGAAAGAGAAAACUUAGAAGAACAACAACAAGAGGAAUCUGCCAAUCCGAACUUUGUAGAGGAAAAUAAUGAAUACAACAACAAUGCAGGUUUUGAGAAUGAACCGGUUCAAUUUAUUCCCGAACAAGUUAACGAUGAAGCAAGUAGUCCUUUUGUUUUCAAAUGGCCAUCAUUUCUCUCAAACAUAUUCUCGUAUUUACCGUCGUGGCCUUUCUCUUUCCCAAUUCGGUGGCCCUUCAACCGGCCUCUUUUCUAUCGGACUUCUUAUUAUCCCGAAUACCCCGAAUACGCAGAUUAUAACAAUUAUUUAGAGUAA